AUGUCUCCUCUCUUCUACCUUCUAGGAUUAUUCCUAGUCCCUUCUGCUUUUGGUGCUGUAAAACCAAAAGUGACCACUCCAUAUGGACCAAUUGUUGGUUUCGAGCACAAGUCGUCAGUAACUGGUUCGAAAUACCACGUGUUUUUGGGUAUCAGAUAUGGAAAUCCACCAGAUCACAUCUACAGAUUCCAAAAACCUGAACCAGUAGAAAAGUGGCCUCACAUCAAUCACGAUGCUACCCAUUUCCGUGCUUCCUGCAUUCCAUCUCUCCGAUCAGAGCUUGAAGAACAAGUCAACUAUAGUGAAGAUUGCUUGUUCCUGAAUAUUGUAACACCACCUGAUGCUCGGCAAAAGAAACUACCAGUGAUGGUAUUCAUUCACGGAGGUGGUUUCCAAUUCGGAGAUUCUUCGAUGGUCGGAUAUGAGAAAGCAGCUGAUAACUUUGUAUCUCAAGGUAUUAUUUUCGUCUCUGUUCAAUAUCGCCUCGGACCACUUGGGUUCUUCACCACCGGAGACUCGGAGAUUCCUGGAAAUAUGGGAUUGUGGGAUCAAACCCUGGCUCUUCAAUUCUUGCAUGAAGUUCUUCCUGACUUCGGAGGAGAUCCGGAUAGAAUCACUUUGGCUGGACAUUCAGCUGGAGCUGCUAGUGUUUCUGCCCUUCUUUAUUCUCCCCACUCUGAUCAUCUUUUCAAUCAAGCAAUUCAACUUUCCGGCAGUAUUUUCUCCGAAAGUAAUUUGGAUCGUAAUGUAGUAGAAGACAGUAAGAAAUUGGCCAAGGCAGCCGGAUGUAAUCAAGAAGAUUCGAAGGGUUUGAGAGAUUGUAUUGAGAUCAGAACAGUAGAUGAGUUGUUGGAUGCUAUGGAACAGAUUGGAGAAUUGAUGCCCGGGCCGAGAAACAAGAAAUUCCACCCAUUCUUCGACAAGGAUUUUUUCCCAUAUGAUAUCGAAAAAAUGUCCCGAAAAGCUACGAAGAAGAAGACAAUGCAAGGACUUGUCAGUUUGGAGAGUGGAAUCAGUGUUCUGUACCCAGUCAAACUGGCGAAACUUCUUGGAGUUCCGAAGGAGAGUUGGGCAACUUAUAGCAAGGACAACUUGGUUGAUUUUAUUAAAUCUCAAGUUGCUGUGGAACAGGAGUUCGGAACAGCUUCUGCUCGCUUCUCGAGUCUUGUUGAAGAAUUCUAUCUCAAUGGUCCCCUUACUGGAAAUUCAAGUUUCUAUCUGAAUGCUUUUGCCUUGUUGCUCAGUGAUCUUCAGUAUAAUAUUCCAACUCUUCACGAGAUUGAACUGAAAUUACAACAUGGAUGGGAGACAUAUUUCUAUGUGAUUGACUAUGAUAGCGAGACAACGAAAGAUCCAACUCAUCCAAUCCGUGGCCCAUUCCAUGCUUCUGAAUUGAGAUUCCUGUUCAAUUUCGAUGGAAAGGAUAAGAUUCCAUUCAACGAGAAGGACACGGCUUUCGAAAGUCAUUUCGUAAAUGCUAUUGUCAAUUUCAUCAACACGGGAAAUCCAAGUACUGAAACAGUCUCAUGGCCAGCUGUUUCAAGAUCAGAACCAUUUGCAAAUCUCCAUCUGAACGACCAACCAUCCCUCCAACCAUCGUUCCGUAAAGAUGCUUAUGAACUCUGGCAAUCCGACAUUGCAAAGACAGUUGGAGCAGAGUUAAUGAAGAAGAGACUCCCUGCAUCGAAAGCAACAUUCCGUCACAGUGAGCUGUGA